GUUUAUAUCUAAAGGUCUUUGGUUAAAGUUUCCCUGCAGCAACUUCUCAUUCUUUUGCAUCGGACAGGAUGACAACAGUGAGACGGUUUUUCUCUUUGAUCACAACACCUGGACGUCUCCCACAAAUCAAACGACAGAAGCUUACAAAAAAGACUUCUGGUGGAUUUUAUAUAUCCUACAGAUGGGAGCUUCAGCUGUCUGACUCAUCUUUAAGAGACUCUUGAGCACUUUUCAGAGUCUGAUAAGUGUCUUGAGGAUUUCUCUAGACAUGUCAUGCACUUACAGUCGACACUUGCAAACUUUAGUUGUUUCUAUGCCUUUUUCUGACAGGACCAAAUGUGGUAUAAAUUUCCUGUAUAUAUAAGUUCUGAGCAAACAAUCUGACGGUCUGAUUACAUACAAGAUACAAGAGUCUUUCAUUUAGGAUUAUUGAGCUUUGAAAGAGAAGUAUUACGUUCCUCUGAAUCUAAUUUCUUCACCGAAGCUCUUUCUAAAAAUUUCGACACAAUCAAAAGCAUUUGAUUUCGAUCCCCUCUCAAAGGGAUCAUAGCGUGACUGUGUUAGACCACGUCAUUUUCAGACAGCCAUUUCCUUUCCUUGACAAAAGUGCCAAAGUUUUCUGGUUAGCGCAACAGGAUGAAACACUCUCAAGGUUUUCAGAUGUGGCACAAAAAGAGCCCCCACACGGAGGAAAGGAAUAAGUGUUUACUAUAAACACUGAGAAGCAUAGCACAUGUUCUUUGUGAAAAGUUGCUUUCAUUAUUAUUGAUUUACUUGGGUUUCUUUUUUCUUUAAAUGAUCAUCUUAAAUGUCCACCUUUGAGUUCUGACCGCAGAGCAUGAUGUGUUUUAAAAAAGUCUAAUCAGCAUGCAUAAUUACCCGCAGUGUUUCAUUUAUCCAGUUUUCCAUUAGAGAUUGUUGUUUUGUCCAUAAACAUCAUGUCAGUUACUAUAAAUCAUUCUCACGAUGACGGUAGAACCAUUUGCAUUUCUCGGCAAUGUCGUCUGUACCUGGAAUGUUGCAGCACAGGCUCAGAACCGGCUUGACCAGUAACCGCUUCUCAAAGCCGACACGCAGAAGCGCUUUCACUCAGUACCUGUAGACAUGUCUCAAAGCAAACCUGAGGAGCGUCUAGCUUUGGAGUUGAGCUGUGCGAUCUGUUUACAGCUGUACCGUGAUCCCGUGGCCCUUCCUUGUGGACACAAUUACUGCCUGGGUUGUAUUCAAAAUGCUGCCAGCGCAGAAGAUCCCAAGUCCCCGAGACGCUGCCCGGAAUGCAGGGAAGAGUACGGCAGCCCGGAGGAGCUCCCCAAGAACUUCAAGCUCAGCAGUAUCGUGGAUGGGUUCUUGGUGGCCACGACAGGCGGCGGACUGAGAGGAGGCCCUACGAUGCCAUGUGACCAGUGUCUGGACGACCCAAUGCCUGCGGUGAAAUUCUGCACACGCUGUGAAAUGUCGUUGUGCUCCAGCCACCUCAAAAAACAUGAGGAACGGCACCGCUCGCUACACGUCUUAGUGGAGCUGCCCACAGAACGGGAUGGGAAGAGGUGCCCGGUGCACUUGAAGGUCACGGAGUACCUGUGUGCGCAGGAGCGCCUGUUCCUCUGCUCCGAGUGCUUGAUGGAGGGCACUCACCAGCACCACGAGGUGCAGACGUUCGAGGUGGCGAAGGAGGAGAUGAAGAGAGUUCUUGAGGAACUGGGGAAGUCUGUGUCUGACAAGCUACAGAUGACAGAAGCUCUGCUGAAAAGCGCCAGCGAAGGUCCAACGGACAAGGCCGAAGAUAAACUUGUGGCCAGAGCAAACAUACUGCUGGACAACAUGACUUCACUUAUAAAUACAUACAAGAGUCGUAUGAGCACUGUGAUGGACGACGAGCUUCAUUCACGGGACAAAGGCUGGCAGGCCAAUCUAUGCGAUUUGGAGGGUUGUCUACACCAGCUGCAGGAAGCCCAAAAGUGCACCGGUGAGGUUCUCUCUCAAUCCUCAGAGUUUCUCUUCAUCCAGAACUACAUCAACGUCGAAGCAAGGAUCCGCCAGGCUGCUAACGUCACCAUUCCUGCACUACCUUCCCAAGAGUCUUCCAAUGCCAAGCAGCUACGCUCGGUCCUACGUACAGACGGCUUCCGUGCCGAGAUGAGUCUUCUGUUGGAGUACCUCCAUGGCUUGAUGAACCCUCUAGACCUGACCUUCAACCCAGCCACGGCCCAUCCUAGUCUUCUGCUCUCCAGCGAUCUCAAAACAGUCAAGCAGUGUGCCGGAGUUAAGAGCAACACGGCUGGAGAUCAGAGCGAACGCUUCUCCACGGCCACUCAGGUCAUGUGCACCCAGAGUUUCUCCACAGGGGUUCACAUGUGGGCAGUGGAGGUUGGUCCUGGAUGUAUGUGGUCUCUGGGACUGUGCUAUAAAAGCAUCCCGCGCAAAGGUGACCACAGCAGGCUGGGGCAUAACACCAGCUCUUGGAGGCUGCAGUGGAAAAACAAGAAGCUGACGGCGUGCUACGACUUGGCUAAUGUGUCCGUAGGUGAAGGGCUGGUCAUGCCGCCAAAGAGGGUCGAAGUGACCCUGGAUUACGAAGGAGGAACUAUUGCAUUCCACAGCUCAGGUCAAGGAGGGCGAAGGCAGCACCUUCAUACAUUUAGUGCUGUGUUCAAGGACAUAGUGUAUCCUGCAUUCGGGAUCCACUCUACUUCAGAGGAGUCAUGGAUAACUCUUUUGAGUGGAGCUUGAUUGAUACGAACAUGCUUUCAUUUUCACUUUAUGUAACACUCUUCAUUAUCUCUGUCUUUUUUUUGUCCUUUAUGCAUUUAUUAUAUAAACAUCUGCACAUAGAAAUAAACGCCUUGGCACAGUCUAGGAAAGUGCUACAUUUAGGUAAAAUUUUAUUUUAAGGACCAAUUCUCUAUAUUAAUUAGUUGCUUAUUAGCAUGCAUAUUACCAGCAUAUUGGCUGUUUGUUAGUACUUAAAAAGCACAUUUUAAUGCCUUCUUCUGCAUGACC